AUGGCUCUUGAAGGUACGGUUCCUCCAAACCUGGGUAACCUCUCAUUUCUUGCUUCUCUCAACCUCAGUAACAACUCGUUCAGUGGUCAUUUGCCUAAUGAAUUAGUUCAUCUGCGUCGAUUGAAAUUCAUGAAUUUGAGUUUUAACAAAUUUAGUGGACAGCUUCCGUCAUGGUUAGGUGCCUUGACUGAACUGCAAGAGUUAAUUCUUGGUAACAAUAGUUUUAUAGGUGAAAUUCCGCAAGAGAUGAGCAACCAUCUUCAUUUGGAGAUAUUAGCAAUGUUUGAUGCAGGUCUCACUGGUCUCAUUCCAUCUUCCAUCUUUAAUAUCACUUCUUUGCAAGGGCUUUAUCUUUCUGGAAAUAGCUUUACAGGUGUGAUACCGAAAGAGAUUGGCAACCUUCAUAAGUUGGAAGGAAUAAAUUUGGCUUCGAAUAAAUUAAGAGGACGAGUCCCAGCAACGAUGUUCAACAUCUCAACACUACAAGGGAUCUCACUUGCUGGCAAUCACUUUUCAGGCAACGUACCAUCAAGCAUAGGCCAGACUCUACCCAAUCUUGAAAGACUUUAUCUUGGAGGAAAUAACUUCACUGGAACUAUCCUUGAUCUAUCUCAAAUGCUUCGAAACUUACCACUCUAG